CCCCUCUCCCCUAGCCACUGCCUGGUGGAGCCCCCCGAGUGCGGGCCCUGAGCCUCAUUGCCCCUUGCCUUGUUUCUUCCUUCAGCGCAGCCAUGUCGGAGCAGGAGCACCUCAUGGAGUUGCUGCGGAAGGAGGUGCGGUCACUGCUGAUGGCUGUCAAGGAGGGCCUGACCCCAGCUCAGCUGGAGCAGGAGUACCUGUCGAUGAUGGGCAAGCCUCUCCCGCUGCACUCGCUGGGCUACUGCUCCACCAUGGAGCUGGUCCUUGACAUGCCUGAUGUGGUCAGCAUCUGCCCCUACAGACAUGGCAACGUAGUCCUGAAAGCCAUUGCAGACGAAGACACUGUACGGAUUGCAAAUUUGGUUGCCAGACAGAAGAACAAGCCUAAGACGCGAAAUGCCACAUGUAGGGCAAAUUCCUUCUCCAGCUUUGGUCCUAGCCUGCCUCGGCAAGGGCGGACCCCUCCUGUCCUGCCGGCUGUGGUGAAAAGCGAAUUGAAGGACUUGCUGAGGCUCUCGCCAGUCCUGCUUUCAGACUUUGAUGAAGCCUUUUCGAGGCACUUUGGACGGGCAUUCCAGUACAUGCGUUAUGGAUUUUUCUCCAUGUUUGAAGUGCUGAAUGCAGCCUCAGAGAUUAUUGCUGUUGAACAGACCAGGGCAGGCUCUUUGCUGACAUUGAAGAAGAGCCCCUCAGUUAAACAACAGGAAAAAGUGUUAGAAGAUGACAGGGUGAGUCAGCCAAAGAGAGCAAAGAAGCCCAAGUCUUCUUCUGUGCCCGCCCCUGCAUUUGGGAAACCCUCUCCAGAAUUGGGGACAAAGAAGCUCCUUCAAGCUCCAAAACCCAGUUCAGAGCCAGUAGAUGCACAAGUACUGAACUAUGACAACAGAAUGAAACAAUUGGAGCAGGAUUUCAAGAUGACACUCGCACAGAAGGGACCUGGUGGGACAGUCAGCUCGGAACUAAAAAGAAGACUCCAAACUGUUGUAGCCCAGUAUCCAGAGGGUUUGUUUGUAUCAAGGCUACCUGGUGAGUUUGAGGCACAUUUUAAAGAGAAGCUAUCGGUGAAGGAGCUUGGUUUCUUCAACGUGAUGGAACUUGUUGGGGCCCUUCAUGAUAUUUUCCAUGUUGAAUGCAAAGAAGGUGAACGAGACUGGAUGGUCUUUGACCUCAAAUCAAAGUGCUUAAAAGAUAAUGAUCCAUCAGUGGAUGAGGUUGAUAAGCAUGAUGCUUUGGCACUCUCACUACCUCCAGCUGCUGAGCUCAAGGCCUCCAGCUGGGACUCUUCUGCUAAGGAAACUGAGGCUCUGGACCUGAAGAAAGUCAGUGUGUUCAAAGUAGUAACAAAGGUAGUGAAACAGAAUCUAGAUAUAGAAGCAGCACUUUUAAACCUGGAGAUAAUGGAGCCAGAGAUCCCGCCAGAUGCUGUUCAAGACAAAAACCUCUGUGGUCUCCCACCACUGGAGAAUAGCAGCCUGGUGGGAGUCUUUGUAGAGCACAUUGUUUCUCCUAGCCAGUUUUACAUCCGUACCUGCAGCAAGGAAACAUCAGAGAUGUUGGAAGAUACCAUGAUUGAGAUGAGGAGAUGCUAUUCAAAUAAAACCGUUUCUAAUCGUUAUGUCAUGCCUGAGGCCUUGAUCCAGCCUGGUUGUCUUUGCUGUGUAAGGAUUUCAGAGGACAAAUGGUGGUACCGUGUCAUCGUCCAUCGGGUACUCAGUGAACAGGAAGUGGAAGUGUUUUACCCAGACUUUGGUAACCUGGGCACUGUCCAGAAGUCCUGGUUGAGAUUCCUCAAAUGCUGCUACUCAAAACUUCCUGCCCAAGCUAUCCCAUGUUCCCUGGCGUGGGUGAAACCUCUGGAGGGAACCUGGACAUCCAAAGCAGUUCUCCGGUUCCAGAAGCUGUGCAGCCUGAAGCCUCUGGUUGGAGUGGUGGAUGAAUAUGUAAAUGGAGUUCUUCACCUCUUCCUGUGUGACACAUCUUCGGAUGAUGAUAUCUACCUCCAUCAUGUCUUGAGAUCAGAGGGCCAUGCUAUCAUCUGUAGAGAAAACUUUCCCUCCAAGGCCUUUGAAGAACUGAACCCUUCAGCUUUGUAUAUUAAGCCUAGUCUGGAGCAGAAUGCUGGAUCAGCAGGGCAAGACUUUCACUCACAGCAACAGAAAUGUAUUAGUACAGUCCAUGGGACAGCAAAUCCAGAGAUAGGUGAGAGUGAAUCACAUGACCAGGGAUCUCAGGGUGACCAGAAAGAAACAGAGUUGUUGCAAUCUGUAGCAAAGGAUGUUGGUAAUUUUCCUCUGGAGUUGCCUUACCUAGAGCCAGUCACUGCAUGUACGGACAUCUGGGAUGAGAAUUGGUUGCCUCUGCAAACCCCGAAGAAGCAGACUAACAUGGGCCCCAAUACAGUGGAUACUGUGGUAUCUUCUAACCAGAUUCCCAGCAAUCAAGAACAGGAUCAGAUCCAGGAAAGCAAAGAGCUGCUUACACAGACACCAGACUCUUUUGGAGAGUCUUCAGAUCCUGCUAGUUUAUCCAAGUCACAGGAAGAAUUUUAUAUUUCCCUAAUCCAUUCCCAGCAGCCAGCAGAACCAAGUCAAGCUGAGUUUGGUUGGAAUGAAGUACUUCCUGGCAGUGCCCAGUGUCUUACAGCAGCACCCGCCUCCACUUCAUGUACAGCAGUGCCCUUAUCUCUGGACAAACUCAAUGAUGAAGUCAUUCCAGAGGGGGUGAAGAAUGAGGACCUCUCUGGGACCCAGACUUUCACAUUGUGCAGCAAGACCAGCCUCCCUGAUCAAGGGACUGUGGAGCAGAACCCCCCGUUCUUAGCUGCUGAGCUCCAGGCAUUCCAGAGGCUCUACAUUCCUCGUAGCUUGCCCACUGCAGUACUGGGAGCUGCUGCACGCCUAGCCACCUCCAGUGGCCAUUUCUGCUGGUUUCCUGGCCUGAGAAAGAUGGAUGAGUGAAGCAAGGGGCGAAAUCCCAGCUGGAUUGCUUCCGAUUGCUAUUUUACAGCAUCAGACAAGUAGCAGAAAUUAAACGGAGGCUUUCUGAGUGGGAGAUGCGGUUAUGCUCUUGGACCAUAAGGUUUCCAUCCCCCUAAUAACUUAAGGCAUAUCUACAUUGCCUCUCUGCUGUGCCAGGUACCACCAUCAAGAAGUUCAUCCCACCCACACGUAUAUGCCAGCAAGCACACCCAGAUGGUACUGGAUGUGUGUCUAGUGCUGCUCUGAGGCCACUACAUUGCUUGAUUUUAUUUAUUUAUUUAUUUAUUUAUUUUUAUUUUUUGGAGUUGGCAUGUGUGGAGCAGGAGCAAGCAGGUCAGGUGGGCUUCUUGGUAGGCGUGGAACGGAGGCAGUUUAAAAUAGAUGCUUAGAAUCUAUAUCUUUAUUUGCCGGCCUGUAUAUAAGCGACAAAUGUUAUUGUUGUUUUCAGUGUGGUGGGUUUUUCUGCUGUUGUACUUACGUUGGUUAUUCUUUUUAAUGAAAAGUUUAAACAUU